AUGUCCAGAAUCGACAAGCUUUCGAUCUCGGGUGUGCGGUCCUUUAGCCCCUCAGUCCGUGAAGCUAUCCAGUUCAAUACGCCUCUGACUCUCAUUGUCGGCUACAAUGGAUCGGGAAAGACAACGAUCAUUGAGUGUCUAAAAUAUGCCACGACCGGCGAGCUGCCGCCUAACAGCAAGGGCGGCGCUUUCAUUCAUGAUCCAAAGCUUUGUGGUGAGAAGGAGGUUAUGGCCCAGGUCAAACUCCAAUUUCGAUCGAUCAAUGACCGUCAACAUGUCGCUACUCGAAGUUUACAACUUACCGUCAAGAAGACCACCCGCUCUCAGAAAACCCUAGACUGCUCCCUAGUUGUAGUCAAUAAUGGAGAGCGAACAACAACUUCUACUCGGCAAGCUCAGCUAGAUGAAAUGAUCCCGGAGCGUCUUGGUGUUUCUCCUGCAAUUCUUGAUGCUGUCAUUUUCUGCCAUCAAGACGAAUCCCUCUGGCCAUUGAGUGAGCCUGCUGCUUUGAAGAAACGAUUUGACGAGAUAUUCGAGGCCAUGAAAUAUACGAAAGCCAUCGACAACCUCAAGGUCCUCCGAAAGAAACAGGUCGAGCAGCUCGGCAAGCUUCAGAAUGACGAGGCUCAUAACAAGGUGAACAAGGAUCGCGGUGACAGGGCCGAGAAGAGGAUGAAAGCCCUGCAAGCCGAAAUUGAGGGAUCUCGAGAAACUUGUGAGUCUAUCAGUUCCGAAAUGGAGGAAACGCAAGACAAGAUCCGAAACAUCCGAGAAACGGCGAAUAGCCACCUUGCAAUUGUGCAGAACCUCAACACCAAGCGUGAACAGCUUGAGUACAGAGAAGAGGCUGUCAAAGAAUUGAAGGCCACUAUCGACGAAUUGCCCGAUGAUGACGGAAAGCUCGAGGGUGACCUAGCACAUUACGAAGACCGUAUGCAGCAUCUUCAGGAUGAGGCCGACCAGAACAAAGCACAGUAUAACGAAUUGCAGACCGAAUUAGGAAAAUCACGAAAGGAUCUUUCUGUCAAGCUUUCCGAACAGGGCAAACACCAAUCGGACAAAGACAAGUACGAGCGUCAAUUGAAGAUACGCAUGGAAACCAUUCAGGAAGCCGCCCAGUCUUACGGCUUCUCGGGCUUUGACGGCGAUCUAUCGGAUCACCAUGUGAAAUCCUUUAAUGACAGACUUCAAAAACUUCUGAGCGAGAAGAAACGGGACCUGGAGCGCUUGCAGAAAGACAACUCCGCUGAACUCGACCGGGCCACUGGCGUCAUCACUGAGCUUGAAGGCCGUAAAGCUGCUCGCACACAAGACCGCGUGUCCGCGAAACAACGAAUGGGCGCUAUUGAAAAACGCACUUCGGUGCUCCAGAACGAGUCAAGCCAGAUAGACGUGGAUGAGGGUGCCAAGGCUGUGCUUGAUGGGCAGAUGCAAGACCUUGAAAGCAGAUUUCAGACAACCCAGAAGACCUUUGAGAACGCCGAUUGGGACCGCCAAAUCUCUGACGAGAACGAUAAGCUGCAUCAGCUCGAGAACGAGAACGAUAAGCUAGGCCGGGAACUUGUAGAACGCACUCGUCUAGCGUCUGAGCGAGCCCAGCUUGACUACAGGAAGAAGGAACUUGCUGACCGCAAGCGCAAGCUUGAUACCUUGACAAGCACCUGGAAGCCGAAGCUCGAUAAAAUUCUUGGUAGUGACUGGCAGCCGGAAACACUCGAUUCUAAAUUUCAGGCAUUGAUUAAGGACCAGAGCAAGGUUGUCAGUGAGGCCCAGAAGCGCCGUGAACAAAUCCGCCAAAAACAGCAGAAAGUGGAAUUCAAGUUGAGAACAUCUAAAGAGUCCCACGAAAAAAAAUCCAAGGAGGCGGCUACUUGCCAACAGCAGGUCGUCAGUGCUCUUCUUGCCGUUCGCGAUAAUGCUACCGUUGAGGAUUACAAAGAGGAAAUCGAGGUCACUGAGUCACAGGUAGAAGAGCUCAGGAAUGAGCUGAGCCUCUUCGACGCUCUCGUGGACUACUAUACAAAAUGCAAGCGCUUGCUUGAUACUAAACGCAAGUGCCAACUCUGUGAUCGCCAUUUUGAUGACAACCAAGCCGCAAGCAUGGAGCGCUUGAGCAAAAGGAUCGACAAGCACCUUGACCCAAGAGGCAAAAUUGAUACAGAAAAAGACCUCAAGGAUACUGUCGCAAACUUGGAAAAGCUACGAUCCGUCAGGGGAUCUUAUGAUACGUAUGAGCGGUUGACUGCCAAACUGCCUAGUCUUCGAGAAGAGUGCAAGGUUGCCGAAGCAGAGUUUGAUGCCCUUGAGAGACAAGUGGAAGAACAAGGAUCCGUCUUGUCGGCUGAGGAAGAGAAGCAGAAAGACCUAGAAGAUAUGUCAAAGACUGUCCUCAGCAUUGCACAAACUGUCAAGGAUAUUGCAGAGUCUGAGAACCAGGUUGACCGUAUCAUGUCUCAGCAAAUGUCAGGUGGCGUUACUCGAAGUCCCGACGAGAUUCAUGAGCUUCAAGCUGGCCUAUCGGACCAGAUGAGGAACCUGAAAAAUCGCAUCGCGAAGUUGACUACGGAUCGCCAGCGCACAAAAGAUCAGCUCAGCUCUCUUGAGCUUGAAAAGAGCGAGCUAAGAAACAAGAUCAGCCGAGCAGCGGGCCAAUUAGACAAGAAGCAGGACCUCCAGAAUCAGAUCCAGGCACUGAAAGAAGAGGCUUCGCAUCAACGAAACGUCAUCCAGCGAGCUGACGAGGAGUUGGAGACCAUUGAGCCCAGCAUUACUGAAGCAAGGUCUGCCCGUGAUGAAGUCCUAAGACGCGGCCGGGCCAAGGAGCAAGUCAUUGCUGAGGCCCGUGAUGCCGUAGCCAACUCUGUCAACGAGAUGAAAAUGAUGGAUGCUGAUAUUCAAGAUUAUAUCGACCGAGGAGGACCCUCGAAUCUGGUAUCUAAUGAACGAUCUAUUGCCACACUUGAGAAGGCAAUUGCGAGUACUGAAAAGGAGGUCACAGACCUUACUGUUCGCACGAACAAGCUCAAGCAGGACAUUGACAAUGGAGACCGCAAGAAGAAAAACAUCAAAGAUAACUUGAACUACCGCAAGAACCUUCGCACGAUCGACGUUAUCCGUCAAGAGAUUGCUGAGUUGGAAGAUCGCAAUGCAGAUGAGGAUUACGAACGCCUCCAGGCUGAAGCUCGCAUGCAAGAGAACCACUAUAACCGCCUUCUUGCCGAGCGAGGCUCUGUUAUGGGAUCUAUGAAAACUAAAGAUGAAGAACUUGGGAGACUCCUUCAAGAGUGGGAAAUGGACUAUAAGGACGCCAAGAGAAAGUAUCGCGAGUCGCACAUUCGCGUGGAAACGACCAAGGCUGCUAUCGAAGAUUUGGCGCAGUGUAGCUCGGCCGUGGACAAAGCUGUGAUGCAAUUUCACUCCAUGAAGAUGGCCGAAGUGAAUCGCAUUGCUGGCGAAUUGUGGCAGAGCACCUACCAAGGAACAGACAUUGAUACUAUUCUCAUCCGCUCAGACAAUGAGUCAAACACAGGCAAACGCAGCUACAACUACCGACUCUGCAUGGUGAAGCAGGACACUGAGAUGGACAUGCGCGGUCGAUGUUCUGCUGGACAAAAGGUUCUCGCGUCUAUCAUCAUUCGCCUGGCUCUGGCUGAGUCUUUCGGCGUCAACUGUGGCCUGAUCGCACUCGAUGAGCCCACCACAAACUUGGAUCGCGACAAUAUCAAGAGUCUGGCGGAGAGUCUACAUAUGAUCAUCAAGGCCCGACAGGCACAGAGCAAUUUCCAGCUCAUUGUGAUUACUCAUGACGAGGACUUUUUGCGACAUAUGAGGUGUAGCGAUUUCUGUGACAGUUUCUUCAGAGUCAAGCGAGAUGAACGACAAAACAGUGUCAUCUCGAGAGAAAGCAUCACAAAGAUCUUCUAA